ACGCCAUGUGAUGAAUCAGCAAUGUGUAUACAAGAUUAGAUUAUAAAUUUAGAAUUAGCAGAACAGAGAAGUCAAAUUCUGGCAAAAUCACAAUCCCCUCCUAUAAAUUUUCAAUCUUGGCCUACACCUGCUUCUUAUUCAUUCUAGACUUGGUCCUUAUCUCCUACUUUUCCAAUGCUGUGUGCCAAUUUGUAUACUAGUACUAUUUCCCAUUCUCACGUCCCACCCGUCCUCACACACCUUCCUCUGUUUUAAAAUCCACCCUCUCUCCCCUGUUUUUUGGUAUAUAAUAUUGCUUCUACUAAACCCCUCAAAGCCCAUACCCAUUUCCCACACUGCUUGCCUUCCAUUCCAAAUCUCCAAGCUUCUUCGCCCUUCUGGAACUCACAUUUUCUCUCAUUACCUUCACACACCCUCUUUACAGAGCAAAACGGAGUUCAGCAUGAGAAACAGGGGAAACCAGAGCAGGUUCAUGCGGAUCAUCACAGUGCCCAUCAGAGUUCUGGGCAAAGCGAAGGACUUAUACGUCCGAAGCCUGACCAGUUGCGCCGACAGGGUGGGUUCCGGCGCCGCCGCCGGCUGCUCGUCGGGCGGGAUGUACACCCUCCCCAAGAGCUUCAGCGUCAGCUCCUCCAGAUCCUCCGACUCCGGCGAUGAUUUCAGGGAGCUCGUCCGGGCUGCCUCUGCUAAGCGACUGUCGAACCGAAUCGAAAUGGAUCUGUACUUGCAGCAGCAGAUCCGGAAACCGCCGGCGACUGGGUCGAAGGGCGUGCCCAGGAGCAGCAGUGUUGCGAUGGGGAGAAUCGACGAGGACGAGCCCUGUGAUUUUGAGGAGGGCAGUGUUCAUGCCAAGAACAAUUUGAUGUACCCGCGCAGCAAAAGCUAUGCCGUCGCUGAGCAGAAGAGCGAUUUGCUCUGAGCUUCGAGAUUUCGAAGAAUUAAAUUGUCUCUUAAGUUGUGUCUGGUUCUUAAUUUGCUUCGAAUGUGGGUGUCUGUAAACAGGAAUUUGAUGUUUUGGGCUGUCAUUCUUCAAUGGCUGCUCCUGUUUUUUUCUGCAGAGUGAAGAACAAAUAAUGCAUAAUUUGAAAAA